AUGACUCAGUGGAAGACAUCGGAGCAUCUGCUGGCUAAGGCGACAGGUGUGCGUAAAUUAUAUCUUUUCCUUGAGGUGCAGCCCACUCCCCAGGGCCGGCGCCUGCGUCGUUGUGAGGAGCAGUGGGAGGUCCUUCGCCCAAGUCCUUACUUAAGACGGGGCGGCGGGCGAGGGCGAGGCACCUGCACCAUGGCAUCCUCGGGGCGUCUUCUCAGGGCGGCUGUCGCGGGCGUGGUCGUCGUCGUGGUGCUGACUCAGGUGCUGGGGCGCGCGCACGCAGGGGCGGCUCGGAGGAAGAACAGCUGGUGGACUAAGAGGUCCCUGGUCCCCCCCUCCCUCCCCUUACCCACCCUCGACUACCCCGCCGCCGAGAACGCGAGGCUGGGGCAGAAUUCUUACAUCUGUUUCCUGAAUCAAGAAUUGGCAGCUUCGAGAGCCGACCGAGAUGCUGGCGCCGCCGAUCCAAGACUCUACGGGAUGGGUCCGCCAUGUUUCAUUCCCUACCCCCGCGAAACGCUUGCACACUAUUUGCCUCCUUGGAAUCCCCGCCGAUUUUACGCCCACGCCCGCGCUCCCGUGUAAGCUGUGCGACGCCCAUCCAUCCUAGACUAUUCCUACAAACCUAUUCACUCGGAGGACCUGUAUUUCCACCCUCCUUAGAGAAAUUAUAUAAGAAAACAUAGUGGAUUUCGGAGGAGAAAGAUUUCUGAUCUUCUCUCUUCCUCUCUACUUCCCCCUCCCCCCCACCCACCCUUUGCCCUGUCUUCACCCUGAGCCCUUGGGUAGGGAUUGGAUAUUAUAUAUUAUGUAACUCGGAACAAUAUUAAGAAAAAGUGAUAUGAACUGUGUAGCCUUGUGUUUGAAUAAUAUAUUUCAUGCUUCUAUUGUGAUUAAACCUUACCCGCUGGA